AUGUGACCCGCGCACCUCCCGGAAAUGGCGUACAAACCUCGCGUGGCGCAGGCGCCGCUUCCGCAAACAGAAUGGUGGAUAGCUGUAUCGUGUUAGUUCAUAAAAUUUUAUGGUGUAAGUAAUCAAAAAUGGAAAAUUCUGCAAAAGCAGAGGAAUGUGCAGAGAUCUCUCUUGAAGAGGCAAAAGCACCAAUAAAUUCAGGAACAGUGUCUUCAUUCAAUAUUAAUGAAAUCUCAACCACUCUUGGGAUUGGACUUUCUGAAGAGGCUCCUACCUGCGGGCAGGUAGACACACUAAAAAAGAGAAAAAUGGAGUUUGAAGAUGAUCUUGUAAAGGAGAGUUCUAGUUGUGGGGAAGAUUCUACAUACAAGAAAAGAAAACUUGAUGAUGAAACUGUCCCAGAAGAAAAAGGGUCUGGUGAUGAUGAAGGUAUUUCAAGGAAAAGAAGACUGGAAAUUAAGGAUUUUCCAAAAGAUGAACCUUCUGCUGAAGAUGGUACUAAGAAAAAGAGAAAAAUAGAACUCAAGGAUGCUCCUGAAAGGCACAAAAACUUGGAAGAAGGACACAGCUCAGCUGUGGCUGCCCACUACAAUGAACUUCAGGAAGUUGGUUUGGAGAAGCGUAGCCAAAGUCGUAUUUUUUACUUAAGAAACUUUAAUAAUUGGAUGAAAAGUGUCCUCAUUGGAGAAUUUUUAGAAAAGGUACGACAGAAAAAGAAACGUGAUAUCACUGUUUUGGACCUGGGAUGUGGUAAAGGCGGAGAUUUGCUCAAGUGGAAAAAGGGAAGAAUUAGCAGGCUCGUUUGUACUGAUAUUGCUGAUAUUUCUGUCAAACAAUGUCAGCAGCGGUAUGAGGACAUGAAAAACCGUUGUCGUGAUAAUGAAUAUAUUUUCAAUGCAGAAUUUAUAAUUGCUGAUAGUUCAAAGGAACUUUUGAUUGACAAAUUCCGUGACCCGGAAAUGUGCUUUGACAUCUGCAGUUGUCAGUUUGUUUGUCAUUACUCAUUUGAGUCCUAUGAGCAGGCUGACAUGAUGCUCAGAAAUGCCUGUGGGAGACUGAGCCCUGGAGGCUAUUUUAUUGGAACCACUCCCAAUAGCUUUGAACUGAUAAGACGCCUUGAAGUUUCAGAAACAGAAUCGUUUGGAAAUGAAAUAUAUACUGUGAAAUUUCAGAAGAAAGGAAAUUAUCCUUUAUUUGGCUGCAAAUACGACUUCAACUUGGAGGGUGUUGUUGAUGUCCCUGAAUUCUUGGUCUAUUUUCCAUUGCUAAAUGAAAUGGCGAAGAAGUACAAUAUGAAACUAAUCUACAAAAAAACAUUUCUGGAAUUCUAUGAAGAAAAGAUUAAGAACAAUGAAAACAAAAUGCUGUUAAAAAGAAUGCAGGCCCUUGAGCCAUAUCCUGCAAACGAGAAUUCCAAACUUGCCUCUGAGAAGGUGGACGACUAUGAACAUGCAGCAAAGUACAUGAAAAACAGUCAAGUAAGGUUACCUUUGGGAACCUUAAGUAAAUCAGAAUGGGAAGCUACAAGUAUUUACUUGGUUUUUGCAUUUGAGAAACAGCAGUGAGCACAUAUGCAGUAGCACGAGAGCAGCUGUGUUCCACCUUAUGCAGAUCUGAGUGAUCCAUCCUAGAUUUGACAACUUUCUGUUUAUUUUAAUUGUCCUAAAUGUGCAGGAUGCAGCAGGAAAAUGCCAGUGUAUAAAUUCAACAUUUGCUGUCUGUGACAGAUGAACUUUUGUGUGUGUAUAUAAGAAUGAAUAGGGACCUUUGUCUUUAAAAAUCUAUUUUUAAGUAAUUCUAAGAAUUCCAUCUGUCUUUACUCUCUUAGCUCAUAAAAAUUAUGACUUGUUAAAACCACAGAACUCUUUUCACAGAACUCUGAUUUGUUCAAUGUUUGUUUACAGUAUUAAAUUUAUUGCAAUUAAAGAGUUGAUGCGGGAGCAUACUGGUUUGUGGGGCAGGGGGGGUGUGCUCAUUUCCAUAGUUUUGUUAUAUAGUGUGUUUCAAGGUUAAAUGGUUUGCAUUCUAUACAAUUGAAUAUAAGUGUUCAAUAUAUAUUGCUAAACUUGUAAGUUUAAAACUAAAUUUUAGAUGGUCAUAAAAGUUAUUUACCUGUAAUUUUGGCCAAUGAUUACAUUUCAUUAUAAGUAAUAACUACUUUACUUGCUAAUAGGAUGCAUUUCUGGAACUGGAUAGAACAUUUCAGAGGCCAGCAUAGAAUUGUUUUGGAUUUUAGAGGCUUUCUCUGAAGAACGUCCUACCGUAGCAAUUAAUGUUUCUAGUUAUCAAGAAUGUAGUUAGACAGAUUGACCUUUCUUUAUUGAAUAAAAUGCCAUAGUUCUUUUUCUCAAGAUUUGAUGAAAAACUCUCUCAUGUGAACAUGUUGUACAUUUUCCUCAGAUUUAUAUGUGGUAUGGCCACAGGAGGAUGUGACUAUAAAGGAAGCCUACAGAUAGACUCUGAUGAAUUCUCUCUGAGGUUAGCUGUCAGUUACUGGCACUAUGUGCUAUAGGUCCAUUACCAACUUUGACCCAAAAAGCAGCAGUUUCUCUUGUUCUUCUGUUAAAACGUGGACUUUGCACAGUGUAAGAUCCAGCAUCUCAUCACUAACUAGAAUUGCAUUUGCCAUUUCAGAACGAUUACAGUUGUCAGCCCUGGCUUCUUGCUUGAGUCCUUCCAAAACUGACACCUAGGUGAACUAUUGUCCUUACUCUACAUCACCACUUAGAAAACGUGGCAGUUUUUAGAUGUAGUGAGAAACUUAGCAAAGCUGAGCAAUUAUUGCAUAUUCUUUUAAAAAUCACUUAUCCACUACAUGGUUUUAAUAGACAUUACUUUAUAGAAUUAUCCAGAGUACUUGUUUAAAAAUUGUAGUCUCUUAUUCAUUUAUAUACAUGAAUUGUUCAUGGUUUUAGAAUAGCAGAUCUUUUAGCAAGAGAACACAGGUUACCUACUUUUUGUUCCUUCUGCAACCUGUCGAUACCCAGUUUGCAAGGUUGGAGUUACUAGUUUACAAAAAUUCAGAUUUUUUUGCCUUAGUGGUUUUUUGUAAGUCAUUUGGGGAAAUAAAUUAUAGUAAUUCUUACUAUGGUGGCUGCCAUUAGCUAACUAAGAUUUGGUAAUGGUGCUGGGAUGGAGGAGAUAGUGAGCUUUUACUGUUACAUGUAUCUCCAGGUUCAUUGUAGUUCUGCUGAACAUGCCAGAGAGUAUUUCGAUAGUUCAAUAGAGUAUGAAAGCUGUAUUAUUUCCUAUCACUAUUCUCAUUUAGUGGGGGAGAGAAUUCCCCCAAAUGUUGGAGUAAUUGGUAGUAAUACAAAACAGAGAAAAGGAAGCUGGAGUCCCCAGGGCCUCCAGUGGGUAGAAAGGAGCAAAAGGAGCCCAAGUGUACCAUGCAAGGCUCUGGGGACUGAGUGAGCCGUGUGUGUGCAGAAGGGGUGCAGAACCAUGCCUGGAUGGUGCCCUUUCCUUUGACCUCUGUUGGCCUCAUUUCCUUUUCUGUUCUUUACUCUCUGACAUCUCCUUGUUACAAUUAAGUGGGAAGUGACUGAAGAAGAACAGUUAGGAAAAGGUAAUCCCUACCCACCAUCUCCCAUCACCAAGGUAAAAGCUUUGCACAUAAUAUGCAGUCUCUGUAUUUGGUGAUUUUUCUAUUCAAGACUUGGAGUAAUUGUUAUGAAAGGGGCAUGGCUUUCCCUGUUGGGUCGCUGAAGUAAGUGGUUCAUGGUAGUGACUACAGGGCAUUUACCUGCCAUUCAGUGUGUCCUUGGUGAAAGUGGAAAUGAAGAUCAAGUCAGUCACUUGUCGACAGAUACCACCUACAAUUGGGAAGAUUGAUUUGGGAGCAUAGUUGGAUUCUGAUAUAACUAAAACACUCAAAUUGAAUUCUUUGGGUCUAGAAUAAGGGAAGGCAUAAUGUAGCCACAGUGUUCAUGGAAAGAGAAACUAGCCAUUUACAGCUGAAUCCAAAUGGGAUGUGUUGGUGCCCAGUUUCUAGUGUGACUCCCCAAAGAAGUUUGCCUUCAGGGAGAGAAGGCAUUGAUUAGAGACUUCAACUUUUAUCAACUCAUCUGUGUUAUUACUUUAAAAGGCAGAUUAUCAGUACCGAGUCCUAGUCCACCACUUCCCCAGACCUGGAAAUGGAACACAUGAUUGCUGUGUAAAUUUGUGUUCCAGCAUUAAAAGAGCAUCAGAGCAGAGAUGUACAAAGCAACGGGCUUUGAGGCAGGGUAUGCUAUUGAUCACCAGUGGAGAGGCAGAACAAGCCUGCCAGUUCUUAGACAUCCAGAUCUCCAGUCCCAUUAGCUCUCCAGGGAGAUUAUUUUUCAGCCUUUCUUAGCUGAUUGCCAUUAUGGUAUUUUAAUAUAUCUUCAGAUACCUUUCUCAUAAAGAUUUGGCUGCUUCUGUGGGUCUGCCUACAGGGAGAAAAUGCCAGUGUGAAUAUUCUAGAUUCUGAACUUCCCAUUGUUGAUGAACUCUUUGUUGUCUACCUCAGACUUUAUAUCAUGAGCUGGUCACUGUCAAGGCCCUGGGUCUUCAAAAUAGAGGUCAGGUCCAGGGACAAGGGUGCUAUAAUAAAAGUUUACCAAAAUGCCUGUGGUAGUUUACUGGCCUUUGGUAAAAUAGGAAGCAUAUGAUGUCACAACUUCCCUAGAUGCUGUUAUGUCAAAAUACGUAUACCUGGUAAGUUUCAUUUCCCACCCUCUGACAGAGCAACAUUUCUGAUUCUCUGAAGGCAAUGGAUGCAAUGGCUGCUACACUUAGUGAUAGAUUUUUUAGCAGGUAUAGCAGAUAUAUAUGGGACUGGGCUGGGGAACAGCCAGCUCUCCACCUCGGGUCUUCAGUUUCUCCUCUGCUCCCAUUCCAUAGCCCUGAGGCAUGUGUGCGUGCUCUUCACUGCAAUACUUAGCAGAUGUGGGAUUCUCAAGAGUACUCCUCAGUUUCCCUGGGGAGACUUGUGGGGGUCGGUCCCAGAGCCUGCUGCUCCUUACUUAUCUUGGGGACAGCAUACCUUAGAUAAAGCCAUGCUGACAGCUAACACUUACUAAGCUCCAACUUAAUAUUAUUUUUCUAAACGUUUUGUGCAUUAACUCAUUUAGAUUCUUAUAAUAGCUGUAUGAGGUAAGCACCAUUACCCCUACUUUAAUAAUGAGGGAACCAAGGCACACAAGAGGGAAGGAAUCAUUUCUUCAGUCUGAGUUGGUAAUCCAGGCAGAGGCAUUUUUGUUGAAGUGUAAUGUACAAACAAGUCCAUGCUUUUUCACGAAUGGAACACAUGUAUAAUCAGCAUCCCAAUCAGUAAUAUUACCAGCACCCAGAAGCCCCCCUUGCUACUUCCCAAAGGGUAACCACUAACCUGACUUCUAAGAGCAUAGAUUGUUUUGUCUGUUUUUUGGAUAUCAUAUGAAUGGAACCAAGCAAUAUGUAUUCUUUUAUAUCUGGCUUAUUUGCCCAACAUUACGUUUGUUAGAUUUUUUUGCAUGUAUUUGUUCCAUGCUUCCCAUGGCUGUAUAGUAAUCCAUUGUGUUAAUAAACUGCAUAUUUAUCUGA